AUGCCACGUUCCGGACCUGGACGAGCUUCAUCAACACGACGUCCAACACUACUUGGGAAGAAGGACAAGGGUAAGGUGUUGAUGGAGCAUCGAAGGCCAUCGCUUGUUGCGCUCGAACCAGAAGUUGCCGUAGGAGGGAAUGUACCCGAUGAUGAUAUUCGAGUAAUGGCCGAGCUCAGCGACAAGAUCGAUGAAUUCUACUAUGCGGUACGAAUUUUCCCGGGACAAGAUCCGGCCAGUGUUUGGGUUGGCUGGGUGACACCGAAAUAUCAUUUCUACUCGGAACGUUUCAAAACCGGUGAAGCUGUAAGGCGAUGCAAAUAUCAGGAUGCGGAUAAACGAGAGAAUGAUGCCGAAUGGUUGGUUGAUUUUGGUGCCAAAAUCGAAACGAUAUCUGGACGAUUGAAUUUGUAUUUGUUUCUAUUUGCAUAUUGGGAAAAUUCAGGAAUAUGA